AUGAAGAUUUAUAGACUGUUACAGAAAGCUGGGAUUGUCCGUUAUCGGCUAUCGCAUCUCCCCACGGAGAUCUGGGAAAAGAUCCUCGAGUUUACACUCGAUAUACCAGAGGCUCUGGGGACUACCUGCAACCCCGAGAAUAUUUUCGAAUAUCUGUAUUACCACCGCUUUCAACAGUAUACACAGCCCGGUAUACGGGCUCGUACCUGCACAAAACCGCCUACAGCCGCUUCUGGGUCGUAUACUAGCGACCCGAACCAUCCCUAUGAAGUCUACAUCCGACAGAGGGUGAUCAUUAGCCUGGUGUGCUCCCAGUGGAAUACGAUGGUCCGUCAGAGUCAACCUGCAUGGUCAUUUGGAGCCUCGCAUUCGAAUUUCCAGAAGGUUGAGCGCCUUGAGUUAGAAUCCGCGUAUCGUCAAACUGCAUCAUCCCAUGAAAGAUCCUCUCACCAUGUAGCUGAGGACAAUAACUGGAAGAGAUUACGCAUUCUUGCCAUAAACAAUCGCUUUUAUGGGCCGCUUCUGACUCAAAAUGCAAACGACGUAGAAAUCGCAUUGUCUGGUUCGCUUUUGUAUAAUUCGGAGAUUAUGGGAAACCUCGAGUGCUUCUCGUAUGCCGGAUCAUAUCUACGCCAGUUUGACCUAGUCUGCAAACUGUUUAACAACUUGACGACGCUUAUCCUCGAGGUGACAAAUACACCCAAUCUGAACUUGGAACUCCCUAAAGUGAAUGUAUUGAUGCUCAAAGCGUCGACUAUCAAUGUGAGAGGAUGGUAUUGUCCCGCUUUGCAACAUCUUGUGCUAAUAUAUAGAGAGAAAAGUGAUCUAACGACGCUUUUUGAAACGCAGCCUAUCAUUCUGCCUAGCGUUAUUCUCUCUCUUAUUGUAUACAACCGGCACAUCACGGUAGACGAGGCAUUCUGGCAAAGCUAUUCAUCGCUCGUGCACAUUGGGGCCUCAUCCCUUGUCUACCAUUCACCACCGCCGCCGAACCAUCCACUCUCCUACCUUAGCAUCCUUGACACAGUUCAUUGCGACGACCUGCCCACAGGAUUUAUCGCUCUUACCACCUCUGGGCAUCCACUAAAGUCGGUGCGGUUUUCUCCGCGCGAUAACCAUAGUGCCAAGCAUCGAUCCGAGGACUGGGUUCAGCUCUAUUGGUUUGCUCAACGCCGUGGAAUUCUGGGACGUCCUGUGCCAGCAGACCUAGUGGAUACUCCAGAAACCCCAGGCAUAAGUCGUAGAUGCUGGAAGUGCGGGACGUUAUUCCCCCGACAAGGCUAUGCACCAAGGCCCCGUGAACCAUGGCGAAUCGAGGGCUGGUGUCCGGAGCUGUUUGCUCCGUCUGAUGCAAGUGUCAACUGUGAAAAUCUUUUACCUACAGUCUCCCAGCUUGGUCACGGUAUGGGCCUAUUUCACCUAUGGCAAUUCUUCGGUCCGAAGCAAUACACAAUCUGGCGAGUUUGCAUUGAAAUUUUCCAGUCGGAGUUGAUUGGAAUGAGUAUUGUCGCACUCAUUGUAAUCAUUCACUUCAUUUACUGGGAGUGUUGA